AUGUGUUGGGGUUUUGAUGUGGACUGGGACAGCUUCGAUUAUGUGUUCAAUGUCACCAACUUUGACUGGAAUCCAUAUAUAGGAGAUAAACGGACCAAUGAGGAGUUGAUGGAACUGCUCAUUCAGGCAGCCAUUAAAGAACACGAUGAAGAACAUGAUACAAAACUUGAGUCUGCCAAGUAUGCGAUAGAUGCGAUCUCAUCAGCUCAAGAACCUAAACUUUACCAAGCAAAGGUGUGCAAGUACCGUGAAGAGAUCACGGUCGUUCUGUUUUGUUACUGUAAAUUGGAUUAG